ACUAGUCAUCUCAUCCCAACCCGAGCAAGUGAAGCCAAAGCAUUAUCGGCAAUCGGGCACAUACAAAUUAAGUAUAGUUGCCAUGGCAAGCCAGAUCCUAAUCAUCUCAACGAGCAACGUGCAAGCAGCGACUCGAAGCGGUGAUCCGACUCGAAAGAUCGAGCUAAGUCCGUGGGAUCUUCAGCUCCUCCUCGUGGACCCCAUUCAGAAAGGACUUCUUUUCCGUAAACCCAGGGCAAACAUGAAUUCGAUAAUCCACCACCUGAAAGCCUCUCUUUCAUCCACCCUUGAUUUCUUCCCGCCCCUCGCCGGCCGUCUCACCGUCGACGAACACGACGACGAUACCUCCUCCGUUUCUGUUCUCUGCAACAACUCUGGAGCAUUAUUUGUCCAUGCCGUAGCAGCUGAUUUGACGAUCUCAGAUAUCCUUCAGCCCCUCUACACUCCUCGCAUCGUCCAUUCCUUCUUUCCGCUUAACAGAGUAAGAAACUACGAGGGCACGUGCAAGCCACUGCUAGGCGUUCAAGUCACGGAGCUAAGAGACAGCAUUUUCAUCGGAUGCACUAUCAACCACGUCGUCGCCGACGGCACGUCGUUUUGGCACUUCUUCAAUUCCUGGUCUGAAAUCUCACGUGGCUCGAGGGAGCCAUCCAAGCCUCCCACGCUCGAGCGUUGGUUUCUCGAUGGCAUUGAUCGGCGCCCUGUACGCAUUCGUCUCCCCAAGGCGAAGGAGAAGCAGAAGUUCGGUGGGUACCUCAAUUCGCGGCUGCAUCAAGAGAGGGUGUUUCAUUUCUCAAAGGAAAAAAUAGCGGAACUGAAAGCAAAAGCUAACGCGAUGGUAUGUUCCAAUAUGAUAUCUUCUCUACAAGCACUUUUGACACAUCUCUGGCGUUCUAUCGUUCGGACCCAGGGUACUGAGCCUGAGGAAGAGGUCAUCUACAGAUUGCUGAUAGGUAUAAGGCCGAGGAUGCGUCCGCCGAUGCCUGAGAACUAUUUUGGAAACGCGGUGCAGGAUGGUACUGUGAGCAUGAGAGCAGGGGAGCUGCUAGCCAGAGAGGGUCUCGGCAAGGCCGCUUUGGAGAUGAACAAGAUGGUUGCUUUGCACACGGAAGAGAAGCUCGUUAGCCACGUCAAGUCUUGGGUGAAAAACCCUAGGCUGCUCACAGAGGAUGGGAUGGCUGGGAAUGCACUGGUUACGAGUAGUUCGCCAAGGUUUGACGUGUACGGGAAUGACUUCGGAUGGGGAAAGCCGGUGGCGGUCCGAAGUGGCGCCGGUAAUAAAACGUACGGGAAAAUUACUGUGUUUGCCGGGGUAGCAGAAGGGAGCAUUGAUGUGGAAGUUUCCCUUUCUUCUGAAAUUUUGGAGGCCAUGGGAAAGGACUCUGAGUUCAUGGAAGCUGUUUCCGACUUUCCGUUGCAUUCUAUAAUUAAUUAAUUAUAAUUAAUACGUUAGUUAAGACUCGUUUAUUUUCUAGCUUCCUGUUUUUUGCGAUCAUGCAAGCGAGCAAAGUUAUUAACUUGUUGUACUGUCCUCGCAGAUGUUAUUUAAUUAAAGAUGAGUGAUGUGUGUUUUUAGUCCAUGAAAAA